GGACAUCCCCCUACCCAAAAGGCAAGUCGUUCUCUUUCUCCUCUCAAGUCAUACCAUCCAGUAUUCCCAGAUUAAAAUCAGCCGAGUACCGAAUUCAUCCAAACUUUUGUGCCGAAAGUACAAAUCGUUUCGCCCCAACUUUUUGUAAUUCUGGAGAAAUUUUUUCGCCCUAAUUUAUUCACUUUUUGUGAUUCUGAAGAAAUUUUGCCGCCCCAAUUUUUUGUGAUUCUGAAGCUGAUUCGAGCCUAGAGAAGAAGAAGAUGAUCGGAGUAGGGAAGAUGAAGCAGUAUACAAACGUUCUCGACAAACCACUCAGCAAAGGCAAACAAGAGGUUAGUUUGAGUGCAUUUGCAUUCUUGUUUUCGGAGCUAGUACAGUAUAAUCAGACUCAAGUCGAUAACAUUGCCGAGUUAGAACGAAGGCUAGAGGAUGCGGGGUAUGCUGUUGGAGCAAGAGUUCUUGAACUUCUUUGCCACAGAGAUAAGGGAAACAGAAGGGAGACGAGAUUAUUGGGGAUUCUGUCUUUCGUACAUAGUACAGUAUGGAAGGUCUUAUUUGGGAAGGUAGCUGACUCACUUGAGAAAGGGACUGAACACGAAGACGAGUACAUGAUCAGUGAGAAAGAGCUUCUUGUGAAUCGGUUUAUAUCUGUUCCCAAAGAUAUGGGAACAUUUAAUUGUGGUGCAUUUGUCGCGGGCAUUGUAAGGGGUGUUCUGGACAGUGCAGGCUUUCCAGCUGUGGUAACUGCUCAUUUUGUACCAAUGGAAGGCCAACAACGACCGAGGACCACUAUUUUGAUAAAGUUCACCGAGGAGGUUCUCAGAAGAGAAGCUAGGUUGGGCUGAGUUUCAGAGAUUUGCAAGGGUGAUCGGAUCAGGCAAUAUAUCCUCCUGCGACAUUAUCUGAAUUAGCUCGAAAGCUGUCCACAUUUGAACAUGGGUAGCAAUCAAUGCAUUCCAAGAACCACUAUAUUCUAUUUUAUUUAUUUUAGUGAACCGGCAUGUAUAUUAAAACUAGGAAAUCAUGGUUGCAUCCCCUGUUGUCAGACAAUUGAGGAUCUGAUUCUUAUCACACAGUGACUGAUAGACAUCUACACACCUGGACUCUGUUUUCCUAGCAUAUUUUGCUAACAAGUCGGUAUUACUUCUAUUUAUAUGUGACAGUUUAACAUACUCAAGAAACAUAAUUGCACUGUCUGGUGAUACUGCUGGCAUAUUACUGCAUUUCAUUUGUCAUGUGUGAAUUGGGGCUUAUGAAUUCUGGCUUAUUGGAGUAACGCCUGAAUGAGAAUCUGAGGAUCAAUGGGUCUUUGCUAAGCUUUCCUUCUGAGAAUCUGAGUUUGGGAUGUGAUUAUGUGCAUCGAGUCGCAUUAAGUUUGGGCAUCUGAGUCUCAGUCAAUUUCUUUGGAUUUGAAGACCCUAAUUACAAUGUUCAAUCAGUUUCUGAUGAUUUUGAAUUUGGAUACUUGUAAGAACUAAAAUGAAAUUUGUGCUGGUGGUGCUAAGUAAUUGGAAAUGGCUAACAACAACCAAUAGUAUUGAUCCUU